AUGAGGGCAAACACGUCGCAACCCGGCGGUCCUCAACCACAACCAAGGGUAUCUCCCGACAGCGCACCAUCUUCAGCAGAUAGCGGGGCCCCAAAGCCUCGCGAGAAGGCACGACGCCGCAAUAGGAUCAUUCACUCGUGCCUUGAAUGUCGUCGGAGAAAGCUGAAAUGCGAUCGAGGGAAUCCGUGUAAGAGCUGUCAAAACUUGGGUGAAGAAUGUCUCUAUGUCAGUGGUGCAACGACCGAUGUCCAGUUUCGCCAGAAACUGGUGCAGAUGAAAGAAGCAAAAGAUGAGAUCGACAGUUCCUUUCGCGAAACUAUCGGCACGCGCACUCUUCAACCAGGGGAAAAGGGCCUAUGUCGCAAGCGUUCAAGGCAACUGAAUCAAGGAGAGGAAAGCGAAGGCUCAGAAAGCUCAUCACACGAUGAUUUUCUCGAGCCUACACCAUUGGCAGUUCACGACGCUGCGUAUGCAGACGAGGUGGACGAUGAUAUUGAAGAUUUGGGCUUUAGAAUCGGGCGGAUGCGCCUGGGGGAGAGGAUCGGAGGGCAUUAUCGGCCAAGAAUCGCAGAUGAGAUCAUGUCAUCUCUUCAGCAUAUCUCGAAGCGAAGCUCUCCAUCAGUCCCCGUAAUUCUACCUUCUAUCCCAGCCAGCGAGCACUUCAAGCCUGGACCAUCCUUUACGGCCCCAUCGCUCGACUUUGUCUUUGACCAAUCUCCUGCGCAAGACUCACUACUAAAGUUUAUUCCUCCACGCAAUAUUGCAGACAAAUUGCUCCAAAGGUACUGGGACGCUGUUCAUCCCGUGGCACGAGUACUUCACAGACCUUCGUUUGCACAGCGAUACGAAACACUGUGGGAAGCCAUUGAGAAUGAGUAUCAAGUCGCACCUUCACUUUCAGCGCUAGUCUGCGCUGUUCUAUUUUCAGCUGUGGUCAGCAUGUCCGAGGAAGAAAUCUUAGAAUCUUGUCGAGUUUCCCGAGUGGACCUGAAGAACCAGCUGAAGUCCGGAGUGGAAACAUCACUCGCAAAGGCUCAGUUACUCAAGACCACCAAAUUCGAGACACUGCAGGCAUUUGUGGCCUAUCUGCUGUCAAUGUGUGUAGAUGAGAUCUCUCGGGCCCACACAGUCUUGACCAGCAUAGCGAUCCGAAUCGCAGAAUGUAUGGGACUUCACUGUGAUCCCACCGAAUAUGGCUUUUCACCGAUUGAAUGCCAUGUCCGCCGCCUCGUUUGGUAUCAAAUUUGUUACCUAGAUCUCAAGACAAGUGAAGUCCAGGGACCUCGACCUUACAUUUCCUACGAUGGAUACACAACACAACUCCCAAUCGAUGUUACCUCGCCAAAGUCACCCCAGUCUCCAAAUUCCCCACCAACCUGGAACGAUCUGAUAUUUUCUUCCAUCCGAUUUGAAUGUCAAGAAAUGCAACGAGAAUGUCUGCUCUUGCGAAACCGCGUCGAUCAGAAAAAGCUCAGUCUGACCAAAGCCGUUUCCAAAAUUGAAGAGUUUCGACAGUCUAUGGAUGCGAAGUACGGGCCGUACCUUUAUACAGCAACGCCAGGCCCGACACAAAGAAUGGCUCAUCUGGUGAUGAAGCUUUUUACCAGCCUUCUUUACCUAAUAAUUCUACACAGGCACCUCAACUCGGUAACCUACAGAAUCCCAGAUAGGCUGCGUCAAAUUGUCUUAACGAAAGGCACGGAUGCGCUCGAAGCCGCUGUGGAACUUGAAUCAGCCGAGGACCUCCAGCAAUGGGCUUGGUAUUUUGGCGCCUACCACCAGUAUCACACUGCCUUCCUCUUGCUAGUUGAAGUUUUCACCUACCCGAUGCGACGAGAGGCAAAUCGGCUUUGGCGAUGUUUCGAUUUCAUUUUCGCCGAGGCGUUGAGUAAUGUCCCGCCAUUGCAAACGAAUAAUCCAACGCUUCAAGAUAUCGUUGCCCAUCGAGAUAUCAAGGCUAGGUACUUGCUGACCAUGGUCUGCGUACGGAUGCGGGAGUACCGGAAAGCCAAGGGAUUAAAGGAUCCGGUGCAAUUCAAAGACUCGAUGAUAGUCCUCACGCCUCAGAAAGAUGGCGACAGCUCAGAUCCGCGCAUGCCUCUCAACUUUGCGCACGGGGAACCUGAACCUGAGCCUGAACUCGAACCCCAAAGCCACUCCCAGAACGCUCCAGUCAGGGUUGGUGUUUCCACAAUGGGUAUGCACGCUGGGAUGGCCCAUCUGCCCCCGACAUUGACAAUAGAAGGUGAAAUCAUUCCCACAGAAGUCCCGUCUGUUCUAGACAAUACGGCUAGCGUGUGGGCCUCUUCUUCGGAUAGCUUCUCCCCUUGGAUCCAGUAUGGGGAAUCGGACCUCGACGGCGAUAAUUAUACCCGGCUACAGCCGACAAACCCUCAAAGCUAUGCUGCAAGUGCCACGACUGAAAGUUAUUCAGCCACGCAGAUCGUUGAAAUGCGCAGUGGAAAUGCAGACAUUGAUCCGCAAAUGCUUGAAAUUGACUGGAACCUUUGGGAUACUAUCUUUCCCCCACAGGUUAAUGAUGGUAACUUGGAUGUUUCUGAUGAUUAUAUGUGGCAGUCAUAUGGCUCUUAUAACCCUGGAUUUUGAUUUGGCAAUGUCUGCCAGUGUUACAUGUACAAGAACGCG